AUGUAAUAAUAAAUAAAAACAGCUUUUUAGAACUUAAAGCAAUAUAUAGGAUACUAAAAUGUAAAAAUUAUCAUUAAUUAAAGUAAAAUUAAACAAAAAUAGUUGCUUAAAAAAAGCAUAUGUUGAAACUUAGAAUCAAAAUUUAAUUUCUAAAAAUAUCAGUCAAAACUUUUAGAAUAUUUAAGAUUUAAUAAUCUUUUAUGAUAGUGAUAAUACCAAAAUUCUAUACUUUUAAUAAAUAGCUUUACUUGUGCAUAAAAUUAAAUACAAUUUAAUCAUACUAAAAGUAUUCAAAAUAUUGAUACUUUUUAGCAAAGAUGUGGGGAAAUAAAUCUCAAUUGGAUAUACCAAGUCAUGA